GGUCACGUGACGUGCACGGGCCCGUCUGCCAGUGCUGUUGCUGCUGCAGCUGCGGAAAGCCUACGAGUCGAGAUGAAGCUCAUUAUUCUGGAACACUAUUCACAGGCCAGUGAGUGGGCGGCCAAGUAUAUUAGGAACCGCAUCAUCCAGUUUAACCCAGGGCCUGACAAGUACUUCACCCUGGGGCUCCCCACCGGGAGCACCCCGCUUGGCUGCUACCAGAAGCUGAUUGAGUACUAUAAGAAUGGGGACCUGUCCUUUAAAUAUGUGAAAACCUUCAACAUGGACGAGUAUGUGGGUCUUCCUCGAGAGCACCCAGAGAGCUACCACUCCUUCAUGUGGAAUAACUUCUUCAAACACAUUGACAUCCACCCUGAAAACACCCACAUUUUGGAUGGGAACGCGGCUGACCUGCAGGCUGAGUGCGACUCCUUUGAGGAGAAGAUCCAGGCUGCAGGAGGGAUCGAGCUCUUUGUUGGAGGCAUUGGCCCCGAUGGACACAUAGCCUUCAAUGAGCCAGGCUCCAGUCUGGUGUCCAGGACCCGUGUGAAGACUCUGGCCAUGGACACCAUCCUGGCCAACGCUAGAUUCUUUGAUGGUGAUCUUGCCAAGGUGCCCACCAUGGCCCUGACAGUGGGUGUGGGCACUGUCAUGGAUGCCAAAGAGGUGAUGAUCCUCAUCACAGGUGCUCACAAGGCUUUCGCUCUGUACAAAGCCAUUGAAGAGGGCGUGAACCACAUGUGGACAGUGUCUGCCUUUCAGCAGCAUCCUCGCACUGUGUUUGUGUGUGACGAGGAUGCCACCUUGGAACUAAAAGUGAAGACCGUCAAGUAUUUCAAAGGUUUAAUGCUUGUUCAUAACAAGUUGGUGGACCCCCUGUACAGUAUCAAGGAGAAGGAAAUUGAGAAAAGCCAAUCUGCUAAGAAGCCAUACAGUGACUAGCCUCUGCUGGGACAUGGUGCUCGGGACCUCAGAGGGACAGGCAGGCCUUUCCUCAAGUGUCUGUAGGAGACGAGAAUCACUUUUCAGUCCACUAUGGCUGCUGCAGAUCCUUGCUCAGCACAUACAGGUUAGGGAGUUUAGCUGUGGAGAACACGGUUUAUAACUUUUCCCUCUUUUCAGUACUGGAGGCUGGACCUGGGGCCCAUGCACAUGUCAAGGAGGUGCUUUGCUAACUGAGCUCUGUCCCCAACUCCAUAAUGUUUUGUAUUAGAGCUCUUCAUCAC